GGGGUGGAAAAAAAAAAGGUUUGAUUCUAACGGUCUGUGUCCACGCAGUUUGACAGCUCCUCGACGUCUUGCCAAUCAACAUGAACCGAAUUGUUCUCCUGCUUUUCGUCGUGGGAGUCUGCUUUUCACUUGGCCAGGCUCUGCAGUGCUACCAGUGUUCCCUUGGCCUGUUCAAACUGUGCAUCACCAAGAUGGUGACGUGCGCCGAAGGCGAGCUUUGCUUCAGAGGCAAAGGCACGGCAGUUGGCUUCCUGGAUGUCUCAAUGAAGGGCUGCCUUGCAAAGGCAGAUUGUGACACCACCACGGAUGUGAAUUUCCCCUCCAGCGGCAACACGACCAUCUACAAGAUGACCAAGACGUGCUGCGACAGCGACCUGUGCAACGGCGCGCCCGCAAUCUCAAGCGGGCCGCUGAUCCUGUCCACCAUCGCCGCUCUGCUUCUGGCCAACAUGCUGGUGUAACACUGUCACGUCAUCGUGCCGUUAAACCGAAAAGGGCUCUGUUGUUAUUCUUUUCGAACAAAAGUUUCCAAAUCAUUUCCGAGGGCUCUCGCUGGUUUCAUGUCGUUGCGGAUGUCGAAAUUGCUUCGGUUCGGCCGUCUUUUGACAAAGCGUCUACAUGUGCAACGCUGAUUAUAAAUUAAGAUUCGCUGAGGUCGACUAAUGAAUUUGCAUUAAAAUAAUUGUCAACAUUUCGCUUUCACGAGAAAAUGUACAUUUUGCUAGUAUCGUACUCUAUCUUUCAUUUUGUUUAUUGUUUUUUUUUUUAUAUUGGUAAAAUUGCUCUGCGUGUACCUGCAGGUUGCGGAUGCAGGGCUUUUUUUUGGGUGGGGGUGGGAUUUGUGAGGGUAAGAUGCGAAAGUUUGACGGUGGUCAGAAUUAACAAGACAAUUUCAAACGGGACAGACCAGACCAGAGAUGUUGACUUCAUAAAUCGAAUCAAAUCAAACAUGGACACCCAAACUGCAAGUGGACACUUGAUUCUUAUUUCUCCCAAUAGAGUGUGCUGGUGUGUGUUUUGAUCAGCCUCUGUGAAUGUAAGAUGAUGUCCUUGAGAAGAUACAAUAAAGUCUUUGAAUUGGGAAGAAA